UUACAAGUAUACUUGUGCUUGAACUUCAAGGCUUGAGUAUUACAACUUGUAAUUUAUAAGUUACUUACAAUGUAAGCCUUCCAUGCCUAUGUUAACUAGUUUAAUUUAUUAAGUAGUUAAACUAUUUGUUAAUGAAACUGUAAAUUGCCGGCUCAAACUUCUUUUUUUUUGCAUUUACAAAUCCUUAGUUGUACUUACUCUUCAAACGUUGUUCUUGUUUUGUCUUCUCACAAUGAUUCGAACCCUUUAACCUUUGUGGUUAAAUGAACCAAAAAUCACCUAAAUAUCUUUAUCUAGUUAUAAAUACAAUUUGAGCAAUGGAUAACACAUUGGAAAAAGUGUUACCAAAAAUCACUCGUAACGAGCUUAUUCUAAAAAAUAUUUUCUACUACCUGGAUGAACAAAGUAUUGAGCAGUGCCUUAAAGUUUGCCAACAAUGGAAUGUAAUCGCUAGAUCAGUGGAUAGGCCAAAAAGAAAAAUUUGUCAGAUCAUUGCGGUUUUUCUGAUUGACCGUUUUGCUUCAUUUUUCCUGCUACGCUCUAGAAUCCUUAAAUUUUCAAGCCCUUUGAUAGAAAAAAGUGUUGAUGAAUACUACACAAUAUCUGGACGAAAAGGCCCUGAAAAUUUUGAAAAUCAGUUUCUCCAAUGCUUGCAAAAGUCUUAUUCUAGACCAAGUUGUUUGAUACUCUUGGAGGGUAACAACAUUAAGAUUGGUAAAAAAAGACGUUGGAAGCGUGCUAAGGUGAUAAACGCCAUAAGAUCAAGUCUCCCUCAUGAUUGUGCUGUUAUCGGUAUUGAUGCCCACUAUGGAAUUAUCGGUGAAUCUUCCCAGUCUGCUUUAACAAGUGCUAAAGAUCCAUUAACCAUCUGUUAUGAAAUUUCUGGACUAUUUGGCAUUUCUUGCCUAGUGUUACCCAAAUACGAAGGAUUUAACGUGACAGUAUUUGAACGAGCCAGCGAGGAAUGCGAGGAAGAGUUUAUUUUUCAAGACGAUAUCAAAGCGGUUGUACUUUUCUCCUCUGGAGUUUCAAGUAAAGGUGGCUAUUUGAUUCACACACAAGUUGAUACGAUUUUCGACCAUUUUGAUGGUCAACUUGCCUUAGCAGGAGCGCAAGUUAAUGAUAAAUUGGUUACAAAUCAGCCUACUGUACAAUAUUUCUCUGAUGAUACCGCAAACUUUUUCUUCGUCAAUGGACCUCCUCCUUAUAAUUCCAUGUUCAAUCCUAAAAAAAUGUCCCUCAUUGGAAUCCAGUUCAGUGGCCCUAAUUGUUAUGCAGCUAGUUUAGCAAUUGAAGAUUUGAAUCAUCUGAAUAAUGGUACGGAUGGCAAUGUGAUUGAAAAAGAGCUUGCACACAUUGAAUCGAAACUGCUGGAAUUCAAGGCUAACCUUCCUUUCCCAUCUGACUCAUAUGGUUGGUCUAGCGAAUCGAUUGCAUUUUUAUUUUUCAAUUACGAUCACUAUAAACGUUAUGCUGAGUACUCCAAAGAUAUUAACGCCGGAGUUUCAAUAUUCCACACUGUCUUUCCUAAAACUCAUAUUACCGGCAUUCUUUGUCACGCUCAAUAUGAACACAAUUUUAUUCCAAAGAUGGAUCAAGAAAACGAUUUUGAGUUUGAAACUGGUCAAAAAUCGCCUCCAUUCGAUAAUUUUAUUUACGAAAACACUAAUAAUGGUUCAAGUCGAAUUUUGCUUCCCUCUCCUCGAGGUAUAGCCAGUUUUUUGAUCAUAAAUAUAAACAAAUAAAGUACAAAACUGAAAUGGAAAUUUCUAAUUGAGUUCUUAUAUUCUUAAUACAUUAAUAAAUGUAAUUUGACCUGUAAA